AUGCCCCCAGAACGCCAACCCGCCCAAAAAAGAAGACAACUCCCCUUCAAACCCCCCAGCCGACAAUCCUCAGCAACAGCCGGCCCCUCAACAUCCGCUUCAGCAUCAACCUCCAAACCAAACCCCAGGCGCAAGCCCAAAUCCAAAUCCAAAGUCUCCGCAAAAUCCACCACCAAUGCAAAAGCCUCAUCAUCCAAAACCGCUCGGCCCUCUACAACAUCCACACGCGACGAAGUAGAGGCCUCAGAAUCCCCCGCCGCAGCCUCAAACUCAGACUCCGAAGCUAGUUCCGGGUCCAGUCGUUCGCGCUCUCCCUCUGAAGAACCAGAUUACAUCCUUGCGGAAAUUAUCCAUGCCGAUGCCGAUGAGAAUGAUGUUCUCUCGAGCGAGCCGGCUAUUCCACCGAAGUUACUGACGAAGCUCGUUCAUCAUCAUUUUAAGGGCCAGAAGACGAAGAUCGCCAAGGAUGCUAAUGAGGUUGUGGCCAAGUAUGUGGAUGUUUUUGUGAGGGAGGCGUUGGCGAGAGCUGCGUUUGAGAGGGCGGAGGGGGCGAAGGGUGUUGAGAGGGGGAUUGGGGACGGGUUUCUUGAGGUCGAGGAUUUGGAGAAGAUGGCGCCGCAGCUUGUUUUGGAUUUUUAG